GAGAGAGAGAGAGAGAGAAGAGUCGUGUAGUGAAGAAGUCGAGCCGAGCGUGGCUUGUGAAUCUUGAUAACCACAACUCCUCAUUCCGCAGCUUCUCUUCAUUUAGGGUCUGAAAAACCUUCCUUCAUCCAUCCACCUCGUUCGCCACGCCCAUCUCUUAUAUAUAUUUUUACCCUUUCUUCUUCUCCUCUGAACCUCUAUUACCGUUAAACACGCCUCUCUUUCUGUGUUGCUGAUUCUAUCAGCAGCAGAGAAAAUCCUACAUGGCUUCUCAUUCCGCUAAUCUCUGGGUGCUUCUGGGCCUCGGCCUCGCCGGAAUCAUUAUCAUGACUAAGAAGCUCAAGAAGGCUAUCAGAGAAGACUUCGGCGCCUUUAUCGAGAAGUUACAGCUGCUUCCUCCUCCUCAGCCUGCUCCUCCCAAGGCUCCGCAUCCUCUUACUGGAUUAACCUUCGCUGUCUCUGACCUAUUUGACAUCGAAGGAUAUGUGACUGGGUUUGGCCAACCAGACUGGGCUAGGACACAUGAAGUAGCUUCACGGACAUGCCCGGUGGUUUUGACUCUCGUUGAAGGAGGUGCCACUUGUGUUGGGAAAACCGUUGUGGAUGAACUGGCUUAUAGCAUAAAUGGUGAAAACAAACAUUAUGGUGCACCAACCAAUCCUGCAGCGCAUGCACGCAUUUCUGGUGGAUCUUCUAGUGGAGCUGCUGUGGCAGUUGCUGCUAAUCUUGUUGACUUCUCCUUGGGUGUUGAUACUGUUGGUGGUGUUAGAGUGCCUUCUGCAUAUUGUGGCACCAUAGGGUUCCGAUCUUCAUAUGGAGCUGUUUCUCAUGCAGGAAUUAUACCUCUUUCAACAAGUCUUGACGCUGUUGGAUGGUGUGCUAAGGAUCCAAAUAUUCUACGACGUGUUGGCCAUAUACUACUGCAACUUCCUUUUGCACCCCAACGCAAUCCAAGGCAAAUUUUCAUAGCUGAUGAUUGUUUUCAACUAUCGAGGAUUCCUAGAGACAGGGUUGUUGAGGUGGUUAUUAAAUCAACCGAGAAACUUUUUGGAAGACAAGUGCUGAAGCAUGAAAGUCUGGAAAGCUAUUUUAAUUCUAAAGUUCCAAGUUUGAAAGAAUUCCAAGGAAAGAAAGCAAAUGGUGAAAUCAGAACUUCGUCUAUGAGAUUGCUUGCGAAUGUUAUGCAGUUUAUUCGAAGGCAUGAGUUUCAACUUAAUCAUGGGGAAUGGAUUAAUUCAGUAAAGCCAGCACUUGAUCCUGCUAUUUCCACAGAAAUACAAGAGAAAAUUGAGUUGACAGAUACCGAGAUUGAAAAUUGCAAGGCAAUAAGGAACGACAUGCGGUUAGCUCUUAAUUCUCUUUUGAAGGAUGAUGGAAUUUUGGUGAUUCCUACAACUGCUUAUCUUCCUCCCAAACUUGGUAGCAAGGAGAUCAUGUCAGAAGACUAUCAGAACAGUACAUAUAGUUUGUUGAGUAUUGCUAGCAUAUCUGGUUGCUGUCAGGUCACAGUACCGCUUGGAUAUCAUGAUAAGUGUCCAAUUUCAGUUUCUUUCAUAGUCAGACAAGGGGGUGAUCGCUUUUUGCUCGAUACUGUGCAGACUAUGUACCCAUCUUUACAAGAGCAAGCUGAUCUUCUUGCCAAAGGCAAAGUAUCAUCAAAUAGGACUGUCAGCCAGGAACAGUCUGCUGAGAUUGCCAAGGAAAAGGGCAACCAAGCAUUCAAAGAGAAACAGUGGCAAAAGGCUAUAGGUUUCUAUUCCGAAGCUAUAAAACUAAAUGGAAAUAAUGCGACAUAUUACAGUAACAGGGCUGCAGCAUAUCUUGAACUGGGAAGUUUUCUUCAAGCGGAGGCAGAUUGUACUAAAGCCAUUAACCUUGAUAAGAAGAAUGUGAAGUCAUAUUUACGCAGAGGCACUGCCAGAGAGAUGCUUGGCUACUAUAAGGAGGCAAUUGAAGAUUUUAGAUAUGCACUGGUGCUAGAGCCAACCAACAAAAGAGCAUCUCUUUCUGCUGAGAGACUCAGAAAGGUAUUUCAGUAGAUAAGUGAAGGAUGGCCGCAAUAGGGGUCAAUGCUGCAUUGUUGAUUAUCCUGCAAGACAUUGCCAUUUGCUGUACCUGUUUAAGCUCCUAAUUGCUGGAAGAUGACUGCCAUUCAUUUUAGUAGUCCUACAGAAGAUAAUUAUUUGGCACUUUGAGAGUACAUGGGGGUCUUGUGGCUUAGUCAUGUUCAUCGGCAGGUAGAUAAUUAUUGUUGUCAGAAUUUGUAAGUAUAGCCAAAUUUUGUUUCUUACUAUGUUUUGCAUUCAGGUUUUAAUUUAUGGAGAGCUCAGUUUUGUAUGAGUAAAGCCUGACAUUGUUUCCUUCUAGCAAAAUCCCAUUUUUGUUCAGUGAGAUGAGCUUUUACUAAUGGUCUCAGUCAAAUUAAAUGAUAUAAGAAGAAAGAGAUGUGGGAUCAAUUCACUA